AUGAGUCAGCAGCAUCUAACCAACCAGUUGUCCCUCUCUGAACCACAGAUACUCCCCAGAUCAUCUGGACCACCAGCUCCAUUUUUGGUUGACUGCCUCAAAGAUGUCCCUGGGGUUGUUAGGAGGAAUUCCAGCCUCCAGAACACUGAGUAUGAUUGCCUGUGUCUGCAGACACUGUUCUUUGAGACCAGACAGGUACAGCCCAAGCAACCUCACAAAACUGGCACUCUUAUCCUCCCCUGUACUCUGACGGAGGAGCUUGAGGACGUGUUGCUCCACUUGGGCAAGACUUCUACUCCUGGUUCCACUUCUCUGACUGGUGUAGGUUACUGCCAGACUGACUGUAGUUUUCAACAUCUGAUUAAGAAUUUGGAGUUUCCGAAUCCAAAUAUUCGGCCAGUGAAAAUCUGGAACACAACAACUACAGUGACUAUUGGAAUGAAGCUGUACGCCGUCAUUAAACUGGACACAAUGCUGCAAUCUUUAACUACGUUGAUUUGGUUCAGCAUGACAUGGGAAAAUGAAUUCUUAAACUGGAACAUUUCAGAAUAUUGUAAUAUUAGAAAACUGUUUCUGUCUAAUUUUACUAUUUGGCAGCCUGACCUGUAUAUCUACGAGAGGACAGACAGUGACGAUAAGUCUCCUGUUGUGCCUUUUUAUUCUCUUAACCACACUGGAAGCACUAACAUUGCAAAGCCAAUGCGGAUUAUUAGUGCCUGUAAACUAGAUGUCUUCAAGUUUCCUUUCGACACCCAAAAGUGUAAUCUGACAUUUGGUUCAUAUAUUCACCCAGAUAAUGCAAUUGUCAUGUUUUCAUCUGAUGAUUCCAAUAAGGUUCUAAGUGAUUCCCAAUACAUCUUUGCUAGCAAUGGAGAAUGGGAACUGUUAGAUAUCACAGUGAAAAAUGACUCUAGGAAUGUUUUAGGAACAAACUACAGUAGCGUUUACUAUAAGAUAACUGUAAAACGAACACCUACCAGUUACAUCCUUACACUUAUUGUCCCAGCAUGCUUCAUGGUUAUUUUGGAUAUUAUCAGUAUGCUUAUACCAAUGGACCGUGAGGGAAGACUUGGCUUUAAAAUAGCUAUUGUGUUGGGCUUCUCUGUGCUCCUUUUAAUUCUAAACAACUUGCUCCCAAGCUCUGACAAGGCUCCACUUUUAGGCAUAUUCUGCUGUUUAUGUAUGGCUGGCAUGGUGAUCAGUAUAAUAGGAGCCAUUGCUAUCUCCCACAUGUUAAUGCUAUCUGAAUCUCAACCAACUGUCCCUUCCUGGAUGAAAACCUGGAUCUUGGGGCGCCUGGCAUAUGUCCUCUGCUUUAAAGGAAAGACCUUUAUGAAAUAUGGGAUCAAGCUUUCAGAAGCAGAAACAUAUCAUAAUAAGAGGGCAGUAGAACAAAGCUUGAAAACUAAAAGUUCUCAAAGAAACACAGAUGGCAGUAUAGAGGUAAAGCUGUUGAAGAUGCUCCUGCGAGAAGUCUUGAGGAUCCACAAGGAAAUUAUCGAUACUAGGGAAAUGGAUGAAGUCAAGACAGAAUGGCAUGCUGCAGCUCUUGUAGUAGACCGGCUUGUCUUUAUAACAUAUUUGAUUUUUUUAGUCAUCAUAUUUUCAGCUUUGCUUAUUACCUGGUUAACAUAA